GAUACAUGCACAGCUGCAAAGAGAAAGACUUAUACGACAGCUCGAGGCAUGCCAGAUGAGCUCGAGAUUGUCUCGCUCAAUUGCUGGGGAUUGAAGUACAUCAGCGAGCUCACAGACGAGCGCAUUGCGCACAUCGCAGAUGAGCUGGCGAACGGGACAAGCGACAUCGUUUGUCUGCAGGAAAUAUGGCAACGGCGACACUGGCGGUUGCUGAGGGAUAGGGUCAAGGACCGGCUACCCCAUUCCAAGUACUUCUACUCUGGCAUGAUGGGAUCUGGCCUGGCUAUCUUGUCGAGACAUCCUAUCAUUGGCACGGAUAUGAGGCCGUAUACGCUCAAUGGUCGCCCUCAGGCAUUCUACAGAGGAGAUUGGUUCGUUGGCAAAGGAGUCGCCAGUGUUGUGAUUCUCCUUCCCAGUAAACGCAAAUGUCAGAUCUUCAAUACACACAUGCAUGCCCCGUACAACGAGCGCGUAGACACCUACCUCUGCCACCGAACGGCGCAAGGCUGGGAUUUGCGGAAAAUGCUCAAGGCCUCGGUGGAAGCGGGUUAUCUCACCUUUGCCACUGGAGACUUCAAUUCUGUCCCUGGCAGUCUUGUGCAUCGCUUUUUGACGACGUAUCUGUCAGAUUCCUUCAUUACCCUCAACCCUGAACUGCCCUUGUUUCCAGACAGUGAGACACAACAGUCUGCCCAAGAGCUGGUGGAUGUGUAUGGUGCCACGUGCGACGUCUCGCCGCUGAAUUCUUGGCGGCAGACUCAAGCUCCGGACAUGGAAGCGAAACGGCUUGACUAUGUCUUUCACGAUGACAAAGUUGUGCCAAAGUCCGUUCAGGUUAUCUUCACGGAGCGUGUUCCGCUUGUCAACUGUUCGCCUUCCGACCACUUUGGUCUGUCGUGUAGGUACAUCAUCAAAGAGAGCGGGUGGCACACGUAUCGCCCACUGGAUCGAUCAGACUACGAUGAAAUGCUGUCACUCGUGAAUCAGUACAUGAAAAGAGAAAGGCUACACUCAGAACUUCGCAUUGGACACUUUUGGGUAUCCGUGGUCGCGCUUUUCUACAUUCACUAUCGUAUGUUCUUGGCAUCGCCAAUCGUUGCUGGCUGCUUGGGUCUACUGAGUCUUGUGGUUGCCGUUACUGGAUUGAUGAGUGGUCUUGUUGGUGCCAUCUUUGGGUGGUGGGAGUUGAGGAGUCUCUACGAGUUUCGCGACGAGGUGUAUCGCAGUCGUCGGAUGUAUGCAUUAACUAUAGAGGCCGAGGAAUAGCAUGAUCGUAGAAGCAUUUGUACAACGUCAUGGCAGUGUCGAUGGG